GGGCUUUGUAGUCCGGCCCAGCUGGGGAGGGGGCGUGGGACUGGGGGGGGGGCAGGAGGGUCUCGGCCCCUCCCUUAUUGUGCUUUCGGGGGAGGUUGUGUGGAGGGGGGGGCAGGAAACCCCUUCUCAAGGAGGGGGGCAAGAGACCCCCCCUUCCCUAGAAGGGAUAGAGACCCCCCCUCCCUAGGAGGGAUAAAGAGACCCCCCCCCCUCCCUAGGAGUGGGGAAGCAGACCCCUCUGGCUGGCCUUUGGUGGUCCCAGAGCCUCAUUAUGGGGAGGGGGUGAGCAGACCUUUGGGAACCUCUGGGUGUUGCUUCUUAUGGGAAAGGGGUGGUUAUAUAAACAAGAGCCCCCUCCUCAUUUUACUCACCUGGAAGGGGAGAGGAGGGGGCCUCCAGGCCUGAAUGGGGAUUGAAUCUGGGGCUCCUGGGCAGCCCCAUUAAUAGGUGUGUAGUAGUUAAGGCACCAGCCUAGUAAACAGGAGACAGCGAAUUCUAGUUCCGCGACAAAAGUCAGCUGGGUGACUUUGGGCUAGCUUAUCCUACCUCGCAGGGUUAUCGUCGUGUUGGAUCCGCAGGGGGGGCUUUCGGAAGUGGGAGAAACAUCUAGUAGAUUUUUUUUUUUUUCUAAAAGUAACCCUUGUCCUGUCUUUGUGGAUGUGGACCUCCGGGCCAAAAGGAGAAGCGGUUGGUUUCCCUUACACAGUCCUGAGCGUCUCCGGCAAUGGCUCUCCCAAAUGAACCAAGAAAAGUGGAUCCCCACCAAGCACCAGCACUUGUGCAGUGAUCAUUUCGCGCCUUCCUGCUUUGAGUACCGGUGGGGAGUUCGCUACCUGAAACCCGAUGCCGUUCCCACCAUCUUCCAGACCUCGGACAGCCCACUGAAGAGGGAGGGUCCUGGCAAACCGCCUGCCAACACCCCUGCCAAGAAGCUGAUUCUCGAGUGCGGUGGAGAGUGGGCCGCCCCCGCUGCAGAAACCCCAGCCUGCCAGGAGCCCGACGCCAUGGAGACCCUCACCAUAGCCAUAGACCCCAGCGUGGGCGCCACCCCGGUCUACGUGGAGACUCAGUCUUCGGCCCCCAACUUGGACUUCCAGGCCCUCUCGGGACCCCUGGUUGGGACGGUGAACCUCCUUCCUCUGGUCCAAAUCGUGGAGCCCCUCAAAGCGGUGACCCUGGCGGUGGCUUCCCCGGCCGUGCCUGGCCAAGCUCCGCAGGAGCCCCUGGAGCAGCAGGUGGUGGAUUUUGUGGCCUCGCUGCCCCCGGCUACCCUGGGAGCCUUGCCCAGCUCUUCCGUAGGGCUGGCCGGGCAGCUGUGCACCGAAGUGGCCUUGCCUUGCGAAGUUUUGGCCGCCGGCGACCAGGCUUCCCUACGGGCCGUGAUAGCCGAGCCGGCCGUGAUGGCUGAACAGGGGGCCCUGGUGAUCGAGAACGUCUCCAUCGAGCCUUUCCUGGCAGGCGGCCCUUCCGUGGCCCUCCCCGUCCUGCAGGAGCCCACCGCCACCACCCAGAUGGUGGCCUACUUUGAGACCAUCCCCACCGCUCCCGCCGCCGCCGCCUCUUCCGGGCUGUCUCCGCCCGAGACAGUGUUGUCCUCGGCCCUCAGCCUGCCCAUCGUCUCCACCCUGCCCAUCGUCUCCAACCAGGCGGCCCCGGAGGCCUCCCUCUCGGCCGAGGAGGCGAAGUUGGAGGAGGGCAGCUCUUCCGGCGACUCUUCGGAGGAGCCCCUGGGGGAGCACCGCUACCACCGGCACGAGGGGACGACGGCCGAGCUGGUGGAGGUGGUGUCGGGGCUGCAGAAGAAGGUGAAGGUGCUCCAGCAGAGGCACCGGAGACACUGCGCCAAGCUGGAGGCCAUGGAGGGCGUGGUGGAGCAGCUGUGGAAGGAAAACCUGGUCUCGGAGGAGAAGCUGAAGGUUCUGGAGAUGGCCUGCCUGCAGUCCAGCACCUUCAUGCCAGAGGCCGGUGGCGCAGUGGCCAUCAUCUGCCAGGACAGAGAUCAAGCGUUGGUCUACGCCAUGCCUCAACUCCCCGGUGAAGUCAGCGAGACCAUCCUCCAGCUGGAAGAACAGUGAGCCGGGACUGAAUUGGGGGGAGGGGGGGUGGCAGCUGAGAACAGGCCUUUCUGCAUCUGGUUGCCACCCCCUCAGCCCUCCCCAGGAAGUGGCCAGAGGCCAGAGCCACCCAAGAAGGCCGGCCCAGCUAAGCAGCACCUCAGCUGCCUCUCCGUGGCCUUAUUCCUUCAGCACCUUACCUUCUGAUUUCUCUCUGGGGGUAUUUGAGAUUAUAAUAUAUAUGAUAUAUAUAUCAUGCACUUUCAGCCCUAAUCCUUCUUGGGGCUCCGAGGCUGCUAAUUUGCCUCAGCCCCGGCUGCUGUGGCCCAGGUGAUGGGAAUUGUAGUGCGAAAGGCAAGACUUCAACCGCUGUUCCUCCUCCCUUGCUUGUAGUUCUCAUCCGCAUUUCCAGAUUAGCAGCCCACGGGUGCCCGCUUCAUUUCCACAUCCUAGAAUCUUGCUCUCUGUCGGUGGUUUAUUUUCUUUUGAAGGGCUUGGAUUCAACAUCUGCAGGGUGAUUUUCCUUCCUGGAGGGGCAGCUAAUACUGGCCUCUCCAGGUUUCCAUGCUGAUUCCAGCUAGAUGGAAGAGGGGAUUCUGUGCUGUUGAUCCUUUCACGCAGAGCUUGCAAUCCAAUGGGUUAUUAUGAUUGUUAUCAUUAUUAUUAAGGGGUUGAAUGGAAGCGGGGAGAGGGGGGCAGGAGGAGCGCAUAGAAAACGGGGCCACAGGCAGCUUUAAAAGGGAAGCCUGGAAAAGAUUUUGAGACGCGGCAACCAUCGACAAUCGGCCUGGUGCAUUUGGAAAUGCGCCUGUGUUUUGCACAUCCCCAAAGCCAGCUGCAGUUGUGCGCGCCUGCCUUCUUCCACCUGGCGCUCUUUAAAGACUAAAUCCCAGAAUCCCCCCCCCCCCCCCCCAGCGAGACAAGAUGGGAGUUUUCUGUGAAUUGUAGUUCAAAGCAACUGGAAGAAACCACCAAGACGGAUUUGAAACUCUCCGUUGACAAGAUUAAGAGCACAUCAACGUCAAUUCAGAGAGCGCCUAGAAUUUGUUCUGCUUUUCCUCCUGGCCAAUUCCUGUAAUUGUCUUGAAGCCCCCAAAAACGUCUUCCCAACUCGCUGCCAAAUAAGAUCCCAAAUGAAUUUUGAUCAUAAAUCCUUUCAUUGCUUAAAAUUUUAAAAAAGCACACACAAUACACCGGUUUCUGGGAUUAUCCUGAGGAUUGGAGGAAAGAUUUCAUCGAAGGUUUUACAAAAGCGUACCCACCUACCUUCCCCAGGUUGGCGCCUUUCACAUACGUUGGGCCUAAAAUUCCCAGCCAAAGGGACUCUGGGAGUUGUAGUCCACCCCAUAACGGAGGCUGCCAGCUCUGGGAAGGCCAGGGUAAAUCUCGAGAGAAUUGAGCAGAGAUCAUCUCUUUACAUGUGCUGUGUGUUUAUAUAGUUCUGUAACUUAAACGAAUAAAGGGAAUUUGUCGGAAAA